CUCCGCCUGGCUGGAUAAUUGCCAUACGCCUGUUGUCUUAUCGCGUGGCAGAACACUUGAUAAUCUUGUGAUUCCUACGGUGUGCUAGAAGUUUGUCCAUGUGUACAUAAUAGAGCAUGUUGUGAGUCAGUAGCUUACCAGCUUCAAAGCGGUAGAGUAUGAUCUUAGUGUAUUAACUAUUACGGUGUAUCGGCUGAGUGCUACAGAUUAAAGUGUGGCAAAUUUUUUUUUAAGAAACGCGUUGAUUAUGAGGAAAUUUUCGACAAAACGACACAUCAUUAAACGGAUCUGAACAUUGAUAUGCAGUGAAAAUCUGCCUGACCUUACGUGAACAAUCGUCAUCUCCGGGAAGAGUCCUUUUUAUAGAUACUGUAUCGGCUGGUUCGUUAUAAGCGGAGGCAGGCAAUGCAAAUGCACAACAACUUCAUAACGGAUGCGAAUACGACACAAGAAAUAGAAGAGACGAGGGGAAACAGAGUGAGCCUGUUUCUUGCAUGACAAACAAAGUCAAGAAUAGAAUCAUCGGCACUACGAGAGCCGGUGAAUCUUGUCUUAUUUAACAAAAAAAUACUAGUACAGCGUACCGCAGGAGCACCUUGUCUGUACCAUGGGUUAGUCUGUCAUAGGACCUUACUCAUGGCGCCGAUGAAGCUUUCAGCGGGAGGAGCAGAGCCGGCAGCCGGUAAUUAGAGUCGAUGCGGUCAUCCAAUCUUCUGGCCGCCUCGCGUAUCUUUAUCAAACAACUCCUGAACCACAGACGCCUGUGAUAUUAGAAAAGGAGGAAACGUCAAAUGUUAGGUGCCAAAAAAAUCGAUUCAGCCGGAAUUGUAGUUCAUCGACACCUUCUAAUUUAUUGAGGGUUAUACGACCCAAAAAAAAUGGCAGUAAGGGAAAAAAGGUCUUCACAGUAAGAAGUAGCUCACUGUAAGUCUGCCACUGUUGUUUUCGCUGUUUAAUUGAUAUCGUUUGCAACAAUUAAUCGAUGAACUAGCAAGAGUCUUCCGCAAUUUUAAGCACCUAGUAUGAUGUGAAGGUUCAAAUAGGCGUUUCACAUUCAUCUUACUUUAAUGUUGAAUAUCUAGGGCCUGCAAAAUUACAGUACCAUGACAAUAUGUGUAACAAAUUGCGAUUUUUUUCCUCCUACACCGUUUUAUCUACUAGAACUACUAACUAUUAGGUCGUUAAAGAAAUUACAGAGAACUAUAUCAUUACACAAGUUGUGACGUCGAGGUAAAAUUAUCCUCCGAUUUUAAGUUCGGCCAUCUCGGAGGCAAGAUCAGUUGGCAAACGAAUCGACGGCCCGUGUUCUGCUGAUCGAAGUUAACAUACCUUUAUCUAUGGGCAAUCACGACAUUGAAAAGCUAUCGUCAUUUUUACUUAGCGCAGUGUACCUUGGCUGGAUGCGCAUGCACAAUGCAAGCCUACCUGGUGAUGAAGGCCUUGAUAACUUCGAUUCAGACACUCUCGAACGCUAUUACCAAAGGGCUCAGAUCGAAUCAAUGCUUCGCCAUUUGGAGACGAAUAGAUCAACAUUAGGUGGCCUUAUCAGCGGUAAAACGCUAUAUGCUGUCAAUCCGUUGCUUUAUCUGUUCAAGGAAGGAAAUCACUCAUGGAUAUUGGAGUUCCUUUCAAAUAAUACUGAUAACACCAGACCUGAGGAGUACUACCGCAAUAUCGCAGCUGAUAGCAUCUUCAUACGAGAUCGUAACGAAUUGAAGGAGUAUUUUCCGAUAGUUGUGGCCUUGAUGUGCACUUCACUCGUUUUACUUCUAGCCGUCGUUCUUGUCUAUACGACAGUCGCGAAGUUGCGUACCACGCACGGCAAAAAUGUCAUCACCCUGUCAGUCUGUUUUGUCGUCGUCUACAUCGGACUUCUUCUGGACCUUGUGGGGCGCGACCUACUUUCUCCUGCUGUGUGCCUCAGUGUUUCUAUUGUACAGCACGGCAUGUUCCUCGCAGUUUUCUUUUGGACCAACGUGAUGGCGUAUGAUAUUUGGCAGGCUAUUGGCACCCUCACGCCAUAUCGAACCCAUCCCACGCUUCGGAAGGAUAAGUACUUCUCGUAUUCACUCUACGCUUGGAUUAUGACGCUAAGCAUGGUUCUCACGGCAGUGCUACUCGACUUCACGGAUCUCAUUGAGCAUUGGUAUCGUCCCCACUUCGGCGAGGGCAAAUGCUGGCUCAAUGGCUACCUAGCUUAUGUUUUGUAUUUUAUCAUGCCAGUUGGAUUGAUUCUAACUUGUAAUGGCGUUAUAUUUGCCCUCACUGCCUCGUCUUUACAUAAAGCAAAGACCACGACGCUGGUCAAUAUUUUCCAAGCCGCGCAGCACCGAAGGAUCUUUCACCUCUAUAUGAAGCUGUCCCUCAUUAUGGGUAUCAUCUGGACACUCGAGUUCAUUCCUUGGCUAACAGGAUACCAUCGUCUGUACGUGGUUGUCGGUCUUCUUAACUGUCUUCAUGGCCUUUAUCUGUUUGUUAUCUUCUUAUGCAAACGCCGUGUCUGGAUCGCUUUUAGAGACACGGUCCCGUUUUUGAGGACGCGCCGCUUACCGACGUUACCUCCAGUGCGCGAAAUAUCAAAAGCGUCUCUUAAUGCAUUGACAAGUACCACUAGCCUAUGUGUAACGCUGAACAUCGACGCUACUGAGUCGGAUCAAGCAUGACUUGAAGGGAAAGACGCCCUGGAAAUAACACUGGUCCGACUGUGAACAAGCCAACCUAAAGCCGUGCGUCAGGAGAAUGGUUAAGGACGCCCAAAGCGGCUAAGUGUGGGGUUCAUGCAGGUUCACAAAUGAUAAAAACAAAAGAGCAGUUGCCGGCAGCUCUGACUGGCUAGAAGCUAGACAAUGACAAAAAUUAACCACGGUCGAAAGCAUAUUAUGAAGACAAAAGCCAUUGAAAUUGAGCAACUGUUGAAUUUCUAUUUGGAACGAUAUCAAAUUUGCGUGCCUCAGGAAAAAGGCCUGUUUUCAUAUCGAUCGCAAUAGAUACUGCACGAAAUAUUCAUACGUUGAUGAUCCAUUGAGAACUCAGGUUUGCUCUAAUAGAAGCAGAGAUUCAUAAAGAAUCGACAAGUAGUGAUGCAUCCGUCUAGCCCAUUCUGGGCUAAUACAAAGUUUCGACAAAAAUAAAUAUAGUUUAUGAUUACAAACUCGGCAGAAAUAUAUGGUCAAUAUUGUUUCGUAGGUAUUACGCACUCGUUGUUUUAAUUGUACUCGUUGAAGGUUACGAAAUCUAACACUCUGUCUGAUAGACAGGCAGAUAUUAAGUAUGUGUUUAGUAAUGAAGAUCAGAAAUGAGUAAAAUCUGUUGUUUUACAAAACGUAAAAUUAGAGCUAUCACUAUUUGUUUCUUUUCCAACUUGCAUAAGUUGACCUAUCCUUACUUGUUCGAGUCGUUCCAUGACCCAUUUAGCAGUGUCCUUAGAACAAGUCCGAUAUCAGCCGAUGCCUAUUAGACAUCUACAUAAAAUUAAUCAAAAU